AUGCCCGCGCAAACAAACGGCGCAGGGCCCAGCCGCUCCGCCAGUCGCUCCGGCGGCCUCAGCGGCAAGUUUUCCUUGUCCAACCUCUCCAUCAAGAGCGCAGACGCUCGCAACGGUGCGCGCACUCCAAAGAGCCCACACCGCCCUUUCCUCAGCAAUCCAGGACCCAGAUCCACCAACGGACGCACCUCCAACCUCUCCACCUCCUCCAUCGCCAAAUCCACCGAUGGCAACAACAUCGCGCAGCUCUACGCCGUCUUUGGCCUCCCCAAGGACCCCGCCGUCUGGACCCUCGCCGAAGAAGACUCCACCAAUGGCGUACACCACAUCGAGAGCGCAGUCGGCCGCUUCUGGCGUCCAGAGGCCCUCGGCUGCUCCAUCUGCCCACCCAUCAACCCCGUCGAAGAAGUCCCAAAGACGCCCCUCUCGCCCCGAAGCCCUUCCGACAAGAAGGACACCAAAUCCUCAGCUUGGGGCUCCAACGAUGAGAAGGACGGAUCCAACCCAAAGUUCAUCGAGAUGGCAGACGGUCGCGGCGGCAUCGAGCGCGCAGAGACCGCACGCGUCCUCUCCAAGGCCCUCAAGCUCUCCUUUACCCGCGAGAUCGAGAUCUCCACCGGCCCAAUCCACUUCCCGCCCUCCUCCACCUCUCACACCUUCUCCUUUAGCGUACCUACCGUCAAGUCGUCCGCUUCCGGCGGCGCAGCACGCCCCUCCACCGACGUGCGCAAGGCCGGCGCCCCCUUCUCCGUCAGCGCCGCCAACGUCCACAACACGCGCUCCUUCUCCGCCGUCGGCGAAGGCUUCGGCCUCGAGGGCGUCUCCUCCCGUCUCCCCGCAGGCGCAGGCGGCUCCGGCGACGACACCCCCGGCGUAGCCACCUUCUACGGCUCCGUCCUCACCGUAUGGUCCGCCGCAGACGACAAGCGUGCAAAAGCCAUCCGCAAGGAACUCGGCCGCCUCGCAAAGGCGCGCGCCACCGCUCGCACCGCCGCCACCAACAAGAACGUCAACAACGACGGCGAGGACAUCGAAGACGACGCCGAACUCACCAGCGCGCUCGGACACUCGAUCCUUCCGGACAACAACGCCUUCUUCAUGCCUUACGCCAUCUGCAUCGUCUCCCGAUACCCCAUCUACAACCUCCUCGCCGACUGGAACAAGGCCGCCUGGUUCAAGUACAGCCGCAACAUCGAAAUGCACAACAAGCUCAUGGCCGCCAUCCUCCGCCAUCCCGCUCCGCGCAUCGGCGAGACCUUCCGCCUCCCUUCGCCCGACGAGGACCUCGCCUUCGUCUGCACCUUCCCCGGCGCACUCGACUGGGGCAGGGGCCUCCUCGGCAUCGACUUUUCCAUGUGGCCCCUCUUCAAGGCGCUCUCCAUCGACAACGUGCUCACCAUCUGCGAGAUCGCCCUCGCACCAGCAGGUCGCAUCCUCUUCAUGUCGCGUCACCCCGCCCUCAUGGGCAUGGCCGUCGAGACGGUCAAGUACCUCGUCGAGCUCUGCGGCUGGAAGGGCGUCGCACACCAAAAUUGCCACGCCAGAGACGUGCGCAUCUACCUCGAGGACCCCGGCUCCUGGCUCAUCGCCAUCAACACCGAGCUGCGCAGCAUCAUCAAGCCGCCCAAGGAGGUCUGCAUCGUCGACCUCGACAUCAACUUUGUCAACUGUCCGCGCCCGCCCCUCAAGGCGCCCUCCAAGGGCGCCGCCAGAGACAGGAAGCGCAGAAAACUCAUCGCCGCCCUCGGCUUCUCCUCCGCCGACUACACCAUCCCGCGCGAGUACGUCGAGGCCUUCCCCAGCGGCCGCUUCCGCCCGCUCAGCAAGGUCGAGUCCACCUCGCGCGACGUCGCCUACGAGCGCCUCGAGACGCCCCAGUGGUGGGACCAGGGCGCGCUCGUCGGCGCCUUUGACCACGUACUUCACGAAGGCACCAAGCCCAGCUUCCUCAAAAAGGUGCUCCGCAUGCGCACCGACAAGCAGGCCGUGGCAUCCGAGACCGAACAGGCCGCCGUCCUGGCGCUGCGCAAGCGCGCCAGCACCUUUGUCGACGCGCGCGACGGUCUCGAGAACAAGAUCGGCAGGCUCAACAAGCGACUCGCCUUCCUCAUGAGCGAGGGCGAGAUGUGGCGUCAGCAGUUUGACAAGAUCCAGCAGCUCGUCGACCGCCUCACGCGCGAGGCGGGCGACCUGCGCGCCAAACUCGACAAGGAGCGCCGCGAGUCGCGCAGGCUCAGCUCGACGCUCCAGCAGCGCGAUCUCGAAUACGUCCAGGCGCAGAUCCAGCUCAAGGAGACCGAGCAGGCUCGCGAAAAGGCACAGGGCGAGCUGCUCCGCAUGCGCACCGCCAUGGAGAACCUCGAGUCGGAGCGAGAGGCCAUGAUGGACGAGAUCCGCAACGUCCUCUCCACCUCGGGCGACGACUUUGGCAUGGCUUCGCUCGGCAAUCUGCAGAGCAUGACCCAGAACUACACCCGACUCGACGGCGCCGGCUCGCCCGCAGCUAGCGACGCCAGCCACAACACCGAGAUGCACAUUAUGAAAUCGCGCGCGCUCGCCGAGCAGCGCAUCUCCAUGGGUCAGCCGCGUACCCCCAGCCGCCUCAACAAAGGUUCCGUCGCGCCGUCGGAAGACGCGCAUGCCAAUGGCGCCCAGCCCAACGCGUCGGCGUCCAACCACUUCCCCGACGAGCAGAUGAACAAUGAGAUCCAGAAGCGCACCACGGCGGUGACGGAUCAGAUCGCCAAAAUCCAGCAGCAGCUCGAGUCGACGCUCACCCAGCUCGAGGGCCGACGCUCGGUCACGUUGGAGCGCAGCCGCCGCCUGUCGUCCUCGUCGUCCGUGGGCAGCCACCGCUUUGAUGCCGCCUCGAGUGUGGGUCACCACAAUGCGGUUGCCUCCAGCAUUGGGCAUGGGGAUGACGGGCUGUACGCUCACCGACCGUCCGAGGAGGUCGAGACGAUGAACGGUGAGCGCGCUGCAGUGCCACGACGCCAGCGCACGGUGUCUUCGACGAAUCACGCGUCGACACAGCGCUCCAACCAGCUGGCUCGGCCUACGCCCGUGCUGACGCCCAAGAGCCCUGCGCGCGGCCAGCGCGAAUCGUUGGUCUCGUCCACCGCACCGCACACCGACAACAGCUCGCUCGAGGCGAAUGGACACGACACCUCGUCGCCACCCAGCGAGCCUCAGCCUGCCGAGGUCACCAAAGACGCAGCACCAGUGGCCACUGCUGCUACAGCGGGUGCUGCGGCAGCGAUCGUCGGUGCGGCUGCCUCGCCUGCUGCGCUCGGCAGCAGCAAGCAAGAGGUCAAACUAGCUGAGAUUGAGGCUGCGGGCGACCGCAGCAAGGAUCUGCCCGACGUACCUGCGGACUUGAGCAGUGCCGAUGUCGACGCCUCGAAGCUCGACGAGCCCGACGCCACUGAUGAUGAAGACGGGGAUGCGCUCAACAUGUUUGACGAGCCCGAAGAUUUCCGCCCCAAGACGCCACCUGCAACGGUGACGUACUACGAGUUCCCCGGCACCUCUUCCAAGGUGACGCUCAACCUGGUAGGGUCUCAUCCGUUGUGGGGCCACCUGGCGUGGAACGCUAGUUUCAUCAUGGCGGACUUCCUCUGCGCGCACGCUCUCACACUCACCAAGGGUAAGCGUGUGCUGGAGUUGGGUGCUGCAGCUGGAUUGCCAAGUAUCGUCUGCAACUGGGCGUCUGCAUCGCACGUAGUCGCGACCGACUACCCCGACAAGGCCCUUAUCGACAACCUCACGCGCAACAUUGUCGAAAACUGUCAGGACGAAGCGAGCCCACUGCGGGGAGCGGGGGAGACGUUUGUAGAGGGCUAUAUUUGGGGUCGGGAUGCAACGCCGCUUCUGGAAAAGGCCGGUGGCAAGUUUGACUUGAUCCUCAUGUCGGAUUUGGUCUUUAACCAUCAAGCCCAUCCGGCACUGUUGGAUACCUGCGAUGCGUGUUUGUCGGAUGCAGUAGCGGACGAAGGCGUAGCGACCCCUUGCGUGCUGGUCUUCUUUACCCACCACAGGCCGCAUUUGGCGUACAAGGAUAUGCAGUUCUUCGACAUGGCCGAAGUCAAGGGCUGGAAGUUCGAAAAGCUCGGAGAGUGGUUCAAGCAGCCAAUGUUCCCACAGGAUCCGGGUGACGAGGUCGUGCGAUCCACCAUCCAUGGAUUCAGGCUCUGGAGAGCAUAG